AUGUUCUCCAAGAGCCGCUGGCGGACCAAGCCCUCCCCAAACGAACAGACGCCCGCGCAAAAGGCGCAGCUCAACGACGACGACGUCAACGACUUCCUCAAGCCCUCGACCGAGAAAGCCCAGCAGCAAAAGGCCGCCGCCGCCGCCUUCCUCGCCAGCGCAAACCGACCCCGCAUAGAUGUCGCCCGAGCCCAGCGCUGGCCUGGCGCCCAGGACGUCCUGAAUGCCGCUGUGGCCGCUGAGGGAAGGAGCCCAGGACGGGGAGGCUUGAAGACGGGCACGCGCAAGCCAGGCCUGGCCGUCAACUUUGUGCGCACUGUACCCGAGAUCAUUGGCCAUGGCGGCGACGACUGCGACGAGCUGGUCGUCGACGUGUCCAGGCGGAAAACGUCCAGCAACGGCGCGCCCGACGUGGAAAAACUGCAGCAGCAAGGGCACCAGGACGACACGAGUCUGGGUACACGGAGCAACGGCAUAGGCAGGACCAUUUCGCAGGCAGAGCAGAGAAACAACCUCACGCGCACCCUCACCUCCCACGGCGAGCUAUCUCCAGAGCUCGGCCAGAGGCUCCAGAUGGGCCAAAUCAACGCCUACGUGAAUCCUCCACCCCCGCCCCCGCAGCGCUUGGGCCCCAUGGGUCUGGGAGAACGCCCGCGCGUCGUUGAGCGAGCACCCACUGGCUUGGAUGGCCAAGUCGACCCUACCGUGCAGCCCAACAUCGAAGAGGACGACGGCUUCCGACCAAAACCGUUCAAGCGGACUCAGACCGGCCUCCACGACCAAGCUGCUGCCCACUCAGAAAACGAGCCUGCUCCCGCAAUUCCAAAUAUACCACACUUGCCAGAGCUGAAGAUGGGAGAUGAUUCUCCACUCGAUGACCAGGCCAUGUUGGUAGAGCGCUACCUACGCGGCGAACCCGCAGAACCGAAUUCUUUUGCAGCGCGGGUCAAGAUGAGAGAAACAGAGGGGAGAGCGCUACACGAAGCGGCGCAACGGGCAGCCUCUGGCUCAAAAAGAGAUUCAGACGCGAGUUCGGUGCAGUCGGCAGAACAGUUCAGAGUAACAACACCGCCUUCGUCCUCUGCGCCCUUCGCCGGAAGAACACCACCGCAAGCGCCGCCAGUCGACACCGUGAGGGGAUCACCACUGCGGGCACUAGAAGCCGAUGAUCCUCACCGAUCGAGGAGACGUGGACCUUCUCCAGCACGACCGUCGUCAAGAGCUUCAUCGCAGCAUACUACAACUUCCCCGGCACGCGCCUCACCCGCUAUUCGAUCAGAGCCAUUCUCCUCCCUAUCAGCCCAGCAAACACCGUCCACCAUGGAGAAACCCCCAUUUUCCACUGCUAGCCAAAACUCCACGCUACCCCCUCCGUCUCCGUUUGAAAAAGGGGCAUCCUACUUCCCGCCCUCACAUACACAACACCCCCCAUCGUCUGCCAUUUCGCCCGGUGGUCAGCUUCCGAUGCGGUCGAGACCAGACGCUAGUGCAAAGCCAUCACAGCCUCUGGGUCGGUCAGACACCAAGAUGCAGGGCGAAUCAGCUUACGAUGACUUUGCUGAACGCGUCACGCAUAUGAAAGGCAUUUUCCAACUCACUGCUCAAUUGGGAGGUUCAAUUUAUGAUUAUUCGCCCUUGCAAUGGGUUCGAGUGGCUACCUGGUGGUUUCUGAGGGGCCGCGCGGGAAUGGAAACACUGAUACGGAGCCGGCCGAGGAUUGCAGAAGAGCAGCCCGAACGACUGGCCCAACCCCAUGUCGACCUAGCAAAGGUAUUAUGGAUAGUUACCGAGGUGCUUCCGAAUCAUCCUGGCCUACGGAAGUAUGGGCCUCAAGGGCCUGAUGUGCAGGCUGAGCUAGCGAGACAAGCCGGAGAUGCUGCGAGUGCAGAAGCCUACGAGAUCCAGAAUGCGAUAACACAUUACCUGAAAUUACUUGUUGGGUCGAUGGUCAAGCACCAAAGCAUGCCACCGACUCAGGCACUCAUCCAAGGCCAGGACCAGUCAAUAUGGGAGGAGUAUCCUGCGUUUGCCCCGGACGCGGCAAGCGUACUCGUCUCAGGGCUUCCGCCAAUGACAACGCAGGGCGCUCCACAGCGGCAAUUCAGCCUGUCGCAGUACAUCCCGCUUGCUGAUACGAAGAACGAAUUCUGCUACUUCCGGAUGUUUGUGAAAGCCUCGCUGAGCACUGAUGAUCCCAACACAGACCGCGUUCCCAUGUCGACUGUCAUCUCCGUACUGCGUUCAAAGGACGAGUACCAAACUAAACUCGCUAUUUGCAGUCAGACCAAUCUCAUCAAUAUCAUCGUCUCGAAUUCGGAAGGUGGAGUGACCUGGAACGACGUCAACUGGAAGAAGCAGUCGCAGCAAAUCAGCGUUCAAUUACGGCAUGGAUUCACGCUCAAUAUCCAGCUUAGCGAAGGCGAUUGGCGCAGCCUCUGGGCUAUCGUGGAACACACCAAUCGGGUCGAGUCAGAUCUACGAGAACGGAGAGACGAGCGAUUCGCGUGCAAGCUGUAUCUCCGAGAAGCUGCGUACAAGGACCCGGCCAAUCCGUCUGCGUUCCCGCCUGAACGGGUGCCAGGUUGUAAACUCAUGGUUUUCCGGAGAAUCGAGCGCAGUAGCGAAGGCACUGGAAAGCGAAAGUUGCACCGAGGAUACAGAAUGGCACUGGUCACGGGCCAGCAAAACAAACAAGUCAGUCUCGUCAAUCACGAGCUAGGAACCAAGCAGGAGCCGAUGAACUUCGAGUACGUCACCGAGCCCGAUCAAGCACCCGCUAUGAGACUGCACUUCCGCGAAGAGGGUCCGGACAAGAAACCGAGAUAUUGUACCGUGCACCUCGUGUUCCAGGAGACGAAUGAUCGCAAUCACCUCUUUGGUACUUUUACGUCUAUGAACAUGGCCGAGGGCGAGAUGACAUUCGCACAAGUUCCACUCAAAGCUUUCCAUAUUGAAAGUGCAGAUCAGGCCGAGGGGUUCAGCCAACAGAGCAGCCGCCUCUUCGAGAAAUUGCAGUGGCAGGAGGCCAAGGUGAUGAAUGAAGAUCCGGAAGCUACAGGACUGGAGUCUGCACCAACCGUGAUGAGCGAGAGCUUGAGGAUUGUGUGCAGGCAUAGUGCUGGCAUUGUCUCUGAUCGCCUGAACCUGGGUCCAGGUGAACUCCUCGUCCGCCUCCCGGUCGACGGCGCUGCUGAACUCACGCUCCUCCGCGAAGCCCAACAAGAUAUGGCUAUUGCGAUUGAUGGCAGCCGGACAGAGCGCGGUAUCCCCGAAGCCCUCGCCGAGUUACUCAGAACUCUGACGACCGCGUCUACCAUUCGGCGAUUGACUUUCAACUCGUUCAAGGACCUACAUGACUUCCAGCUUGCUGUGACUGGAUUUGAUGUCAAAUUCGACGGCACUGCCUCCACGUUCUCCAUCUCCCGCCGCCGCAUGGUAGUACCCAUCUACAAGCAAUGGACCGCAACCAGCAUCCGCCUGCAAAUCGUGCAACAAGACAAUAUUGUCCAGCUCCUCGCCUUCUUCGAAGAUUUCUCCCACGCAGACGCCAUGAACUUCCAACUGCGCACCAUGGACGUCUUCGAGAAGACAGACAAAGGUAGCAAAUUUGGCCUCAAGCUCGUCGAUGCCAAGUUCGCGCUGCCUGUUGAGGAGAGGAGAGGCGAAGGCAAGAUGCAGAAGGCCGAGGGCAGACUGACGGGCUGGUCGGGGGUCAAGAGAAGGUUUGUGUGCUUGGAUGAGGUUGAAUAUCCUGGCGAGCAUGAUGAUAUUCUGAUUCAGUUUGACUCUGCUGAGAUUCGAGAUCACUUCGCUGCUGCGCUGCCGGCGGCUACGAUAGAGCACAAGCUGUUUACCGUCCGGAGAAAGAUAUAG